AUGCGCUUUCCUCUGGCUGUCUUUGCUCUCUUGAGCCUGGUUCCAUCUCUGCUUGCUGCUCCAACGGCCAGGGCUUCUGAGCCAGGCGAGGACCUACCGGAUGGACUCCCUUAUCCAAGCCCCGGUGAACUCAAGAUCAUCGAACAAAACGCCCAUGGAACACUGCCCAACGGCCCCGCUCCACCCGUCAUCAGCAACAGAGGUAUCCUCAAUUUGAAGCUGAUUGCAUUCAACGAACUCUUCGAGGUGGCAUUCUUUAGCGAGCUGAUCACCAAUAUCACUGAGAACGUGGACGGAUAUCGGUUCACUGAGGAAGAGGAUCGUGCUGAGACCCUCUCCUGGCUGAAGGUCAUUCUUGCUCAAGAAGAGCUUCACGCCAUUCGCGCAAACAACGCUCUGAGCCAUUUCGGCGUGAAGGGCAUCGAGCCCUGCCACUACAAGUUCCCGGUCGAGGACUUCGACUCCGCCAUCGCACUCGCCAUGACCUUUACCGACGUCGUUCUCGGCACCUUGCAAGAUGUUGUCGAGACCUUUGCGAUCGGCAGAGACGUGGACCUCGCACGGGAGAUCGCCUCGGUUAUCGGUCAAGAAGGCGAACAACAAGGAUGGUUCCGAGUCAUACAAGGCAAGGUUCCCAGCGAGUUACCGUUCCUUACCACUAGCGACCUCAACUUCGCCUUUACUGCGAUUCAGGGCUUCGUCGUGCCCGGCACUUGUCCUAACAUUCUCGAGAUCGGGCUGCGCACCUAUGAGACCUUGAACAUUCUCACGCCCCCAGUUGCUCAAACCCAGAAUCUUACUUUCUCAUUUUCGGAUACUCGUAACGAAACUGCUCAUCCGCUGUGGAUGACUUAUAUCAAUCAACAGAAUCUGCCUAUUGUCGAACCUCUCCAUGUCACGUCGCGACAGGGUGAUCUGUUCACGGCGGAGGCUCUCUUCCCCUACGACGAUAACGAGAUGAAUGGGCUCACGAUCGCGGCCGUGACUCUUAGUGAGGGACCAUUUGGCGAUGCGAGUGCCGUGGCCAAGUGGACUCUUGCCGGACCUGGUCUGAUCGUUGUGAACUGA